ACAGUACUGGCGUCAAAGGGAAGCAAGGAAAAGUGUCACUUUUGGUUUUCUUUCUUUUUGGUAGACAGUUUUAUGCAGCUCCAACUGGAUAUGUAGCAGAGAUGAUUUUGUAGUCGUACAAUUUCAUAUAUGUGUGUAUAUAAUGCAUUGCUUUUCCCUUUACCCUCCACUCUCUAUUUCCUUUCACCCAUAACCCUCCCCCCCUUUUUCUUACAAGUCCUUUUUUCAGAUUCUAUUCUUUUGUUGUCUUGUGAUCCACUGAUUUUAUCUGAGACUGUCUGUGAGACCAUGGGUUUAGUACUGUCUAUUGGAACCUGGACAAUAACAGUGACUUUUCCCCAAAAUCCAUUGUAGCCAUUGUUCAGCAAGGAGAAAUAGGGUCCCAUGAAUCCCUCACCAGUCAAUGAUUGCUUCUUGACAGUUCUAGUCUUUUGGAGGUCCUGAGAAGGUAGUUGAAACUGCUCUGAGAUUGUAUGUGCUGUCAUGUAUGCAGUGGCUAUGUUGUGCCCUGAAGAUGGCAUUUCACAGCCUUCUCUGUCUUCUAGCUUUUACAUUCUCUGUUCCCUUUCUUGAUGUUCCUGAACUUAGGAGAGGCACUCAGCCAUCACUUGUUCUCAGAACUUUGAGCACCAUGUGCAUAGUCAAAGAGAGGCCAAAAUGUCAAUAUUGCAUUUUUGAUCCCCCAUUUGUGUCUCUAUCUCCAGAGUACUAGCAUUAUAGGUAUACACCACCACAUCUGGUUUAUGCCUCGCUGGACUUCUUUGCAUUUGGGUAAUGCUAACCUCUUCUGAGUAGGACUGCUCCAAAUGAUCAUUUACUGGUUUUGUGGUCCCUGUGCAUUGUCUACUUGUUAGUGACCAAAGGACUGGCAAGUCAGUGUCUUCCAGAUGUACAUCUAAGACACUCUGUGACUGUGUCUUACUUGGGGACAGGAAAUGGUGAAACCUACAGAACAUUCCUGCAUCUUAUUUGUGCCUCUGGAGAGCAAAGCAGACUCUCCAGCUGAACUACACUCCAGGUCAUUUUAGCUUUGUUAGAACCACAUUUAAAAAGUGAAAUUAGUAUUUUUCUAUUGAUCUUAGUAUAUCCAGAACAUCUCAGUAUAUAGUCAGGAUACAGGGACCAUCAAUAGAUACUCUAUUUGUAUUGUUUUGUUUUCUUGACAGAGUCUCUAAGUAACCCUGGUUGUCCUGAAACAUGCUAUGAAGACUAGGCUGGUCACAAACUCAGAGAUAAGUCUGCUUCUGCCUCCCUGGUGCUGGGAAUAAAGAUGUGUGUGCACCACAACACCCACUUUUGGUUUGGUGUAUAUGUGUGAGUGCCUGCAUGUAUGCAUGUGUGCCAUGUAUGCCUGGUGCCCUCAGGUCAUAAGAGGGUGUCAUCUCCUGAAACUGGAGUUACAGGUGAAGCUGCUCCAUGGGUAUUGAGAACAGUUCUCUGCAAGAAUAACAAGCACUUAUAACUGCUAAGCCCUCUUUGUUCUUUUUUCGUAUUAAGUCCUCAAAGAACACUGUAUCCCACAGUGUAACUGACCUUGCAUACUUAUUUUUCACCAGAAACAUUUUUUAUCUGUACUUAGAUGUUAUAAAGCAGUUGAAAAAAAAAACAACUAAAUUCAUAUCCAAGUUGUCCCAAACAUUUAAGUUUUCUGAUAAUUGACUUGAGUGAAAAUUUUAAAAUUUUUUUUUUGAGAUGUUAGGUUUUAUCUUACACAUGUUUGUCAAAUGCUCUACCACUGAGCUACAGCCCCAGCUUCAAUUUUUAGUUCAAAUUGUUAUGUUAUUAUAUGUAUAUUUGUGUGUAGAGUGUAUGGCACACAUGUAGAGGCCAGAUGACUUUGUAACAGAGUUAGUUCCUCUGUUCCACUUUUACAUGAGUUAAUUCCAGCUCAGACUUAGGUUUCCAGGCUUGCUAGGCAAGCAGCUUUACUCUGUUAUCUGGCUCUCCUUCCCCACCAUUUUCUAUUUAAAUCAGUGAAAUUGAUGUGUAAUUCCUUUGUUGUGCUAACCUCUUCUGAGUAGGACUGCUCCAAAUGAUCAUUUACUGGUUUUGUGGUCCCUGUGCAUUGUCUACUUGUUAGUGACCAAAGGACUGGCAAGUCAGUUGUCUUUCAGAUGCACAUCUAAGACACUCUGUGACUGUGUCUUACUUGGGGACAGGAAAUGGUGAAACCUACAGAACAUUCCUGCAUCUUAUUUGUGCCUCUGGAGAGCAAAGCAGACCGUUUAGGAAGAAGCUGCUUUGAGUUCCUUGCUUUCAUUGUAACUUCUCUCCAGGCCCUGUGUGCAUUGGUGUAGUUCAUCUGAAUUGAUGCAGUCAAUCAUUCUGCUGGCCUGCAGAACUCCCAAAGGAGAAUGUUCAAAUCCAUAUACAUGAGAUGCAUACUGUACUUAGCUAUACAUUUGCCAGAGACUUGGGUCAUUCCCCAGGGCUGCUGUUCAGCUGGCCUGGUUGUGACAUACAGAUGAGGCAGUGGAAUUUAGAACCUGGAACGGGGUUGGGUACUGGUCUUUACAGUUAACACAGCAGGGUAGCCACAGCAUAUGUGGUUCAAGUUUCCUUUUGAGCCAGUGAGGCAAGCUGAGUCAGUUAUAUGUCAGACUGAUCACAUAAAAUGCUGCUUAGCCAAGGUAACUUCAUGGUUCAAAAUGACUGCUGGGAAUACUCCUAUCUCAUCCCUUCCAGGCAAGACAUAUGAGAAGGGCAGUGAGUGACUAAAAGGUGUGUGUUCUAUAAAGACAGCCUCCUUUACAGGUACUCAGUUUCUGUGGCCCUCUCUGGAACCUCUCUGGGCCCAUCCUUGGCAGCAGGCCUUUUCCAGUCUAACUCACCCACAUUGCUGUUCCUGGGAAGAUGAGGGAAGGGAACAAUACUUUAUUCUAGCAUGGAAGAAGGACAAGCAACUUUCUUAUCCUUCUGAGACAGAAACUGCUGGCUUGAUGACCUGUGAGGGCUAGUUCUGCAUGUACACUCCAUCUUUUCUCAAAGCUUCUCUGUAGGUAAGAGCUGACCCUACACACUUCACUUCUCAGACCGCAGAGUCUUUACAGCUGAAGGUCCCUCUCCUCUGAGAUGGACAAUACCACCUAGCAGUAUGCUUGCCCAGGCAACAUGAACCAGGGCAAAAGUAACCGAGAACUGUUCCUACAAUACUCAGCCACAGCCCCCAAACUGCUGGCCCACGUCUCCAAACUCCUCAUUGUCUGCCGAAACUCAGGCAUUGCCAUCCCAAAAGGCAUCAGGAAUAUCUUUGAGUUCACCUGGGAGGAACUCAUCUGUGACCCUGCAGUGCCCACCCCAUCUGAAAUCCAGGAUCUGGUGAUCAGCUUUGGAACUCCUACAGUGGUGCUUACAGAGGUGAUCCCAGUGCAGGUCCCCUUGCAGAAGAAGCCACCCCCUCCACCCCCACCCCCACCAGUACUGCUGACAACUUCCAGCAGGGGCAAGCCCUCGACCCCCACUCCUGCCUCUGCUCGACUGGUGCCCACUGGUCAAGAAACCCUGCAUAAGUUCCAGCGGCAAUCCAUCCACCUGCUGACAGAGCUGCUUUCCCUGAAGAUGAAGGCCAUGGUGGAGUCUGCCUCUGCAGGUGCCAAUCCUCUGGACAUCACCAAGCGCUUUGUGGAGGCCAGCCAGCUUCUCCAUCUCAAUGCCAAGGAGAUGGCCUUUGACUGUCUGACUGGCACUGUCGGAAAAAGCUGCUUUAGUUCAGCACAGCUGGGGAAAGACUCCCCAAUGAACAUCUCUGCCAUGGGAGUGAACACGCCCUACCAGCUGGUCUACCAGACUUCCACAGCCUGCCUGAGCUUCUCCCUCUCCACAGUAAAGGAAGGCAAGAAGAAAGACACUGGAGGCAACAAAAAGGCUAUAGAUGAGAUCACAACCCCACUCCCUCGAGCCCGAACCCCUCCUGAAAGCACUGUCGUUGAGUUCCAGGCCCAGGUCCAGGACCCCUGCCCUGAGGCCCGGGAAAAGCUGCAGGAUAUGUGUCGUCACAUAGAAGCCGAAAGGAUCUUGUGGAAAGGGAGGAAUAUCUCCUGCCCCAUGAUUUUACGCAACUACAGGGCAAAGAUACCCUCUCAUUUAAUGUUGACCUCCAAGGGGGACCCUCACCAACCUCCCACUGCGGGGACUCAGGUUACUGCUUCCACUCCUAACCAGCCUUCCAGCCACCAUGCUCACACGGGUCGCCAUUCUCAAGAGUGGAAGGGGCCCAAGAAGCCAAUCAAGCUGCAUUACACUUUCUAUGAUGGCUCUUCCUUCAUUUACUAUCCCUCCGGAAACAUCGCCAUGCUUCAGAUUCCCACAUGCUGCAGAGGGAAACCCAUCACCUGCCUCUUUAAUGACAUGCCUAACACCUUCCUGGCUCUGUUCAAUGCUGAUGGCCAAGGCUGUGUUUACUACAACCUAAAGAACUGCAGUCCAUAUGUCUUGGUUUUGGAUGAGGAAGGUGGAAUCACAAAUGACCAAAAGGGCUGCAUAGUCCAUAAGUGGAGCUGGACUAACAAGACUGAGACAUUACUCUCUCUGGAAUACAAGGUGAAUGAACAAAUGAGGCUAACAGUCUUGGGGCCGGACUCCAUCACUGUCACCUUCACCUCCAUGAACGAGACGGUAACACUCAGUGUGUCGCCCAAAAGCUGUCCCCAUGGCAUAGUGCAUGACAAACGGCCAGUUCGCAGAAUCAGUACCGUGGAUGAAAAGAUGUUAAAGAUAAACAGAGCCCUGGUUGAGAUCAAGAAGCGGUUUCAGAAGACUGUGACUCAGUUUAUGAACUCUGUGUUGCUGGCAGCAGGUCUGUUUACUAUAGAAUAUCCCACCAUGAAGGAAGACACAGAAGCUAGUCGUGUCAAGUUGAAAUCUGGGUCUUAUCCUGAUCGGAGCCGUAAGUCAAGUUUAUACCAAGGAGAAACCCUUGUACGAUCCCAGUCAGCCCGACCUGAUUCUUUAAUUGAAGACACAUUGAAGGAAGAGUCUAUACAAACACCCUUGAUCCCUGUUCGAAAGAAGAAUAACAAAGUCCAGGCCAAAGUCACACCAAGAGGGAAGCCGAGAGAAGUACGCAGUCCCACCAGAUGGGCCGCCUCACCCUAUGACUGCCCACUGGUUCUGCGGAGGCUCAUUCGCAAGGAAGACAUCCGGGCUGGCUGCAAGUGUAUUGUGAAGGCACCCCUGGUGUCUGACUUGGAGCUAGAGCGCUUCCUGUCUGCACCCCGAGACCCCAACCAAGUGCUGGUAUUUGGGAUAAUGUCAAGCCAGAAUCCCAUCAAUACUGCACAGCUGCAAUGGCUGCUGGACACACUGUAUAGCCAUCGGCAGCAGGGCCGUUCGUCACCCUGCACCCAGUGCCGGCAUGACCCUUAUCGUCUGCUGCGGUAUGACCUAGACAGCCCCCUACAGAAGGAUCCACCCCUAAUGGUGCAGAAGUUUGCUGUGGUGCACGGGAUGGUUUUGAUGUUUGCUGGGGGGAAGCUCCUUUUUGGGGGCUGUCUCCUAAAUGGCUAUGGCUUCAGCAAGCAGAAUCUACUGAAACAGAUCUUCCGGGCUCGACAGGAUUGCAAAAUGGGCUACUUCCUGCCAGAUAACUACAAAUUCAACAACACUUCUGUCUCUUCAUCCCCCAGACCGUCCGAAUGUACUGGGUACCUGAUGGACUCUGAUUUGCUGAAUGUGGCCUUCCCUACAGCAUGUCAACCUUUAUCACAAGCCUGGAAGAUUCUGAGUCAUCUAAAAGGCCCCCAUCUGAAGAUUUCGAAGGAAGUGUCUCUUCAAUGGCGCUUGGGGACAAAGUGGAAAAAGCACCUUCUACCCCCCCUGACAAGUUGAAACAGCCUGAAGAAGAACUGCAGUCCUUCCUCAGGAGUAGGAGGAGCAGUAAGAAGUUAAAUAGUAAGAAGUCAGGUUCUAAGAAGUGACACUGGAAGAGCCAACGAUGCCCUCCCCACACUCAGCCCUACUUCCUGGUCUCCCAUCACCCUUCAAUAAAUGUGCAUGCCUCCAG